UUUGAUUGAUUGAUUCUUGUUCAUCAUUGCAGAUAUUGCUUAUCACAUAGAUUGUGGAGGUUCCACCAAUUCUACCGACAAUUUCAAGACGGAAUGGAUGUCCGACAGGUUCUACACUGCCGGUUCGACUGGACUGGUAUCCGAACCGCUCCGAUUCAAUCGCAUACAGGAGAAGACAAUCCGUUACUUCCCGAUCUCAGCCGGAAAGAAGAACUGCUACAUAGUUCCUGUUCCCGUUGGAAGAUACUUCAUCAGGACAUUCACCGUCUACGAUAACUAUGACGGAAAAUCUCAUCCUCCGAGCUUCGAUCUCUCCGUUGAAGGAACUCUUGUUUUCAGCUGGAGGUCACCGUGGCCGGAUGAUAUCGCUAGAUCCGGUGCCUAUUCUGAUCUCCUCGCUUUCGUAUCCGACGGUGAGGCCGAUAUUUGCUUCUACAGCAUUGCUACAGAUCCGCCAUUAAUUGCUUCCAUAGAGAUUAUUCAGAUAGAUCCAGCUUCUUAUGAUUCCGAAUCAAUUGGCAACACUUCGGUACUUGUCAACUAUGGACGGCUGUCAAGCGGUUCGAACCAGUGGGGUGCGGGGUUCAGCAACGACACCGACGUUUUCGGCCGGUCAUGGCAGUCCGAUGCUGAAUUCCUGUCCUCUAACAAAGCCGGAAUUAAAGCCGUCUCUGCGUUAAGAGAUGUGGUCAAUACAGAACAGAGUCCUAACUAUUUCCCGAAGAAAUUGUACCAGACAGCAUUGACGGUGACUGGAAAAGGAACGAUUGAAUAUGAAUUGCAGGUGGAUGCGAAGUCGAACUACUUGAUUUGGCUGCACUUUGCGGAGAUUGACGUGAGUAUAACGAAAUCAGGGCAGAGGCUAUUUGAUGUGGUGAUUAAUGACAAAAAUGUUGCUAGCAUUGAUAUUUUUAAGCAAGUUGGGAGUUUUGCUGCAUUCAGUUGGCAUUACAUCCUCAAGAACCUCAGUAGUACGGUUUUGAGUGUGAAGCUUCUCCCCGUUGUUGGUGCACCCAUAAUUUGCGGGAUUGAGACUUAUGCAAUCGUUCCGGCUGAGCUUUCCACUAUUCCUGAUCAAGCAAUUGCCAUGAAAGCACUGAAAGAAACGCUUCGUGUUCCGGAUAGAAUGGGAUGGAAUGGUGAUCCUUGUGCUCCUACUAACUGGGAUGCCUGGGAAGGAGUUACAUGCCACACUAUUACGAAUGAUUCUGCUCUUGUGGUCUCGAAAAUAGAUCUUGGGAGUCAAGGAUUGAAAGGUUAUAUUAGUGACAAGAUUGGUCUUUUGACUAACCUGGUAAGCCUGAACUUAAGUUCUAAUUCAUUGGAAGGGAAUCUACCUACAGGCCUUGCUCAGAUGUUUCUUACAAAGCUAGAUUUAUCAAACAACAAGUUUACAGGGGUCAUACCAGAGAGUCUAUCUUCUUCACAUUUGCAGCUUGUGCUGUUGAAUGAUAACUUAUUGGAAGGUCGAGUACCAGAGGAUCUCUAUUCCAUUGGAGUCCAUGGUGGAACCAUAGAUCUAUCAGACAACAAAGGCCUAUGUGGUGUACCACCUCUUCCGGAUUGUCCUCUCUUUUGGGGAACCCGUGGUUUGUCUAAAGCAGGAAAAAUAGCAAUAAUUAUAUCGUCAAUCUUUAUAUUUUGCGUCCUCUUACUGGUGCUAUACAUAUGCAUCCGUAGACGUCGCCAUGAAUAUGACUUUGCUUUACCCCAUGAGCUAAUGUCUCUUUCUGCAAAGAGAAACAGAUACCAACGACAGAAAUCAUUGAUGACACUUGAAAUGGAGAGCCAACACGCCAAAGGGUACAUACCGGCUCCAAAUUGAAAGAACAGUGGGUAAUGUUUGGAUUGUGCAUAAUGAAGAAGUUAGCAAAUUCAGGGUAGUUGAAAGAGAGAAAUUACUUAAAAGAUGUUGAUACAAAAUUGCAUACAUUAAUAUAUGAAGCUAAUGGGAGCACUCAUCAUCAAAGGUAACAGUGGUUCAGAGAAUGUCAAUUUGUGUUGUAUUUUAUUUGUCCAAAAUGUCCAUAUAGCAGGCAGGAUGCAAUAAUGGUAUUUUUCAUUCAUUAAUUAAUUACUACUCUUGAAAGUGCUUUCUUAAUAUUUAA